UUUCGUUUCCAGCAGGCCUUGCGCGCGGGAAAAUGGUGGCGUCCAAGUGCAGUUCCUAAGACUAAGUCGGUAUGGCGUUGGUAACGGGGCCAGCUAGGCGGGCACUGGCUCCCCCAGGGCGGCUCAUCAUUGGGGGCUGCGGGGCCCCGAAACGCAGGGCGUACGACUGGGGCGUGCGCUCCUCGCGGAAGCCCGAGCCUCCUCCCCUGGACAGGGUCUACGAGAUCCCUGGACUGGAGCCCAUCACCUAUGCGGGGAAGAUGCACUUCAUGCCUGGCCUGGCGCGGCCAGUCUUUCCGCCCUGGGACCCCGGCUGGACGCACCCAAAGUUCCGUCGCACGCCUCCGAUUCACGAGCAUCCGCUGUACAAGGACCAGGCCUGCUACGUCUUCCACCAUCGUUGCCGCCUCCUCGAGGGUGUGAAGCAGGCCCUCUGGCUUACCAAGGCCAAGUUAAUAGAAGGCCUUCCCAAGAAGGUACUUAGCCUUGAUGAUCCAGGGAACCACAUAGAGAACCAAGAUGAACGUGUUUUGAAUAUGAUCUCUCAUGCUCGUCUAUGGCACUCCACUGAAGAUGUCCCCAAGAGAGAGACCUACUGCCCAGUCAUUGUGGACAGUCUGAUACAGCUGUGUAAGUCCCAGAUUCUCAAGCAUCCUUCUCUGGCAAGGCGGAUCUCUGCCAAAAACUGUACGUUAUCCACCACCUGGAAUCGAGAAUCUGUGCUCUUUCAGGUCCGUGGUUCUAGUGGAGUCCAGCUGAAUGCCAAGGAUCCUCUGCCCCCCAUUGCCUCCAGAGAGGAGGUUGAAGCUACUAAGAAUCAUGUUCUUGAGACUUUCUACCCAAUAUUGCCCACUAUUGAUCUUCAGGAAUGCAGUGUUUAUGAUGUGAAGGAUGACACGGGAUUCCAGCAGGGUUAUCCUUAUCCCUAUCCUCACACCCUGUAUUUCCUGGAGACAGCCAAUUUACGACCACACCGCUUUCAACCAGAUCAGCUGCGCGCCAAGAUGAUCCUGUUUGCCUUUGGCAAUGCCCUGGCUCAGGCCCGGCUCCUCUAUGGGAACGACGCUAAGGUUUUGGAGCAGCCGGUAGUUGUGCAGAGUGUGGGCACUGACGGACGUGUCUUCCAGUUCCUGGUGUUGCAGUUGAACACCACAGAUCUGGUCUCUGAUGAGGGCAUCAAGAAUCUGGUCUGGGUGGACUCAGACCAGCUCCUCUAUCAGCAUUUUUGGUGUCGCCCAGUGAUCAAAAAGAAGGUAGUUGUGGAACCUGUUGGGCCGACCGGUUUCCAGCCAGAGACAUUCAGGAAGUUUUUAGCUCUGUAUUUGCAUGGUGCCAUGUGAGCCAGGGACCAUUCUGAGGCCUGAAGCCCCCCGCCCCCUCUUCCACAGAAGAUCCUGCAUCCUGGGUGGUACUGGGGCCUGCCAGGUACCUUUUGGUGUUCUUUUGGCCCAGUGGUCUCCUGACUUUAAAUAAAGAGUCCUUCCAGUGCA